AUGGCAUCAACAUCACAGCCUCUGCGAGGUAAUCGGAAGGUCGAUUUAAGUGAAGAAUACAGAAAAUUUCUGCAGAGUCUGUGGUACAUCUCCAGAAAUUUAUCAGAUAACAUGACAGCAAACGAGGAGGCAUUUAGAGAAAAAAUCCAUGCACUGCUCAACACAGCUGAACGAGACUGGUUUGUCAAUCCCAAAGAUAUUUGGACUUUCUUUGGCUCUCUCUUUUUCUGCUGCACAGUAUUUACAACUGUGGGUUAUGGUAAUACCUAUCCUGUGACACGGAUUGGAAAGUAUCUGUGCAUGUUGUAUGCUUUAUUUGGCAUUCCUCUGAUGUUCUUGGUCCUGACAGACAUGGGAGACAUCCUUGCUACUGUCUUAUCCAAGUCAUACAAUGAAUUCAGGAAACUGCAAGCAAAAGUUCUAGCCUCUAAAUUCUGUGCUGGAUUCACGUGCAACAAAAGGGAUGAACUGAAAUCCAGAGCACAGUCUAAAAUAGUCAUCAACGAGCCCUUGACUAUUAUGGAAGUGCUGAAAAGUCAGGCAGGCGUUAAGAGGAAGGCAGUCAAAUACCGUAAUGUCGAAAUCUUUGAGAUGUUAAUUGCCAGAGAGAGUGAGCACAGGAAACCAGCAAGAAAUGAAAGCAUCGAGAGAUGGAGCUCAUGCCCCGAGCUAGCCAGGGGAAAGACAAUGUCCAGAGUAAUGGAGAAUUUUGACAAAAUUGGGCAACAGUUAGAAAAACUCGAUGUGCCCAUUGUAUUAAUGGUGCUGAUCAUCUUUGUGUACAUCUCCUGUGCAGCUGCUAUCCUUCCAAAGUGGGAAAAAAGGUUGGAUUUUCAGGAAGCCUUUUAUUUCUGCUUCAUCACCUUGACGACUAUUGGAUUUGGAGACACACAGCUGGAACAUCCCAAGUUUUUCUUGUUUUGUUCCCUCUAUAUUAUUAUUGGCAUGGAAAUUGUCUUCAUUGCUUUUAAGCUGGGCCAAGAGCGUUUGAUUGGUUUGUAUAAACAGGUGAUUUCCUUUUGUGGGGAGAAAAAGAUGCCACCAAAGGAGAUAUAUCCCAAAUAAGGGCAGUCUUUUCUCCUUCACUUGUAAGCACUGGCCAGUGUGAUCAGAUGAAACUUUUCCUGUGAAUUUCUGUCUUGGGGUGGCAGGAGGCCCCGAUUUCUUCCAAGAAUCUGAUGUGAAAUGGUUGAAUAUCCCAGGAAUUAUUAGGCAAAGACCUCUCCAGGGAGUACUUUCCAACAGGGUCUCACCUUGUAAAGAAUAAAAGAUGAUGCAUGAUGAAGAAGCAGAAGGCUCUCCCUGUCAAUGCUCCUUGGCAUCUGUUGCAGAGCUCUGACUUUCAAGGCUCUUCCUGCCAGUGCUCCCUAUCUCUGACUUUCAUCAGCCUUUCUGUCCUCUCUCCCACAGUAAGCCAGUUUUUAUAAGCAUUUGUCCAGGCAAGACCCAAAUCACUGUCUCAUCCUGUCACCUUGUUUGCUACCAAGGACAGCGUGGUUGGACUGUUGGUACUGAACUGUGUCAGGAUGCUACUGCAGUGUGAUUUGUCAUUGACAGAAAGACAUGAGGAGAAAAAGCAUGAACCCAGCCAUGACCUUGUGUAUCACAAACUUUGCACCUGUGCCUUGUGCAGGCCAGAGGAAUUGCAAAAUAAAGGAAAUGAAGGACACCAACUUUUCAUAUCUUUCUUUGUCCUCUGUCUAGAAAGUUGUCAGAAAAAUUAUCCACAUGUUCAGGGUUGAAACUGUUCCUUUUCCAUCAUGGUUACGUGUACUCUGCUCAGCCUAGAAUUGGCAAGUGUCUCAUGGUGCCUGGCUAUAGAAGUGCUUAUGAUGGGUCCUGCUUUGAGGCAAUCACUUGGGGAAGGCAUGCAGCAAACCCAAAGGUGACUACAGCUGUGGAAAGAAGCUCCAUCUCUUCACUGUUAAAGAAGCAUGACGAUCUGGGGACACCAAUCUCAGAAGUCUUCGCUCCUGAUCUAGGUUUCACUCUGCACAGACUGCUUGACUUCUGGGAGGUCCUUGACCCACUCAUGGGAUCAAAAGCUUACCUGCUUCACUGGGACAUGGGGAGGAUCCUGUAAUUAUGUGUUUGUGGAGCACACUAAUACGCCAAUAAUGCUAUUUCAUCAAGGUUUUGCUUAUAUUAUUAAUAAUGGGAGUUGACCUAUCAGUGACAGAUAAUGCUUUAUGUCCAAAAAAAAACCCCAAGCCAACCCAACCCAAAACAUAACACAAAAAAACUCUAUAAAAGAAACCACUGACUUUAAUUUGCCACCUUUUAACUUGACAUGACAUGCAUGCCCACUGAAUGGGAACAACAUCUCUAGGUAUUCAAGCGUGCUUGACUGUGACAGGAUGUGCAUUAUUUGCCUUUUUGAAAGUGAGAUUUUCAGAGUAUUUCCAUGGCAGCUUACCCCUGUUCCACCCUGUGUACCUGGCACUGUAUAUUCAACCCUUUCCUGAUAAUUCAUUGUGAUUCAGCACUGAUGAUAUGCAAAAUAUAUAACGAAUGGUGAUACAUAGAAAAGUGCUUUAUAAGAAUCACAAUAAAGAAUGCA